AUGAUGAUACCCGCACGGAAAAAUAAAAGUUAUCUCAAACCGGGAGCUGACUCGACCCCCAUCGCCCAGAAACGUCGGCCCUCUAAUCUUGAACUCCCGCAGCAAGAUAGGCGGCUCUCGGAGAUACCCUCGAGGCUCGGAUCGGAAUCAUCCCGGCUGAACAUAAAAAUCCUGGGCCGUCAAUCUGAAACUUUCCACCGGAGAGCUCCAGCUCCUGCGUCCACCAAAAAUGCCAACAAUAAGCAUGAUACCUCAGCAGAAUCUGGGAGUGGUGACGUCAGUACGGAGGUUACAGCUACGAGUACCACACGAACUACGAGCCCGACCCCUCUGGCGACGAUAACAAGAGACGUGCUGCCGACGGCAGUUACACUCGUCUUUCAAGUAGGGGCUUCUUCGACAGGAACGACGCUUGUGUUGAAUUCUGUCUCAACUGCCCUUCAGUCAACCCCCACAGCUACAUCACUGGCAACCUCAAUCACAACUAGCGCGUCAUUUCCAAGCCCACUUCCCGAAGAUCCAGCCCAGUUUUCGCCUCACGAAGCUCUCAAAACCCAUGGGGCCCGAAACCAUAUAGCCCCGCUAAUCGGUGGAGUGGUCGGAGGCGUUGGAGGUCUUGUGAUGAUUGCUUUUGCUGUCUUUAUCUCUAUCUGGUUACGAAGGCGUCGAAGGGAAAGAGAAAUACUUGAUAUGAUGGCCCCAUCUCAAUUACGAGAUCCUUUCUUUCGAGUCAUGCGAACCGAUCCGCGACAGUCGUUCACAUGGGUCGGGCCUAUCGAUAAACCUUCAUCAAGACGAGGCUCACGAUUAGCCCUCUAA